GAAGAGCCAUCAUGCUCCCGUUUUUCAGAGGCGCGAUGCUGUACGCAUCUCCCAACGGAGGCAGGAACGAUCCCUACUCCAGGUUCGAUACCACAAUGGGCGGCAACUGGUACAAGGCUGACGAGCCCUGGGGCGCCUACCUGCAGGGCGAAGGAAAUCCAGCCGUGACCAUCCAUCCCUAUGAGUCCGACCCUUCUUCUGGCUCCUUUAACCCACAGGCUCACACGACAUGGACUCCUGUGGACUGGUCUAGCUGGCCAAAUUACAAUGUGCAUGGCUACGGUGUUUACUAAGAAGAAUGUCAUGAUGGGAUCGUUCUUGUGUGAUUCUAAUGUUAAUCAAAUGCGUCUGCUCACAAGCAGUCCUGGUUGUCUCUG